AUGGAGAUUCACUUCCAACAACCAGAGCAAGAGUUUGCCAUCCCAGUUAGCAAAAUGAGCAACAAAUUCAAGGGCAGAAGCAGAAGCAGCGGCCAGAACAAGAAGUACGUUGGGGUGAGACAGAGGCCUUCGGGAAGGUGGGUAGCCGAAAUCAAAGACACAACUCAGAAGAUAAGGAUGUGGCUCGGAACCUUCGAAACUGCUGAAGAAGCUGCUCGCGCUUAUGACGAGGCUGCUUGCCUCUUGCGCGGAUCCAAUACUCGCACCAACUUUGUCCCUCAACAUAUUUCCCCUGAUUCUCCUCUUGCUUCGAGGAUUAAAAAUCUUCUCAACAAACGAAAAAAUGAUAAGGGGCCGCAGAGCAAUACUGAUGUGCAUGAAUCAUCCGGUGCUGCUCCUAGUCCAGCCAACAGUAUUAGCGUUAAUAAUUGCAUAACAAGUAGCAGCAAUAGUGCUGCCUCUAGUCCUGUUAGCAGCAGUGGUGAUAGCAGCAGCAUUGACUCAGUAACUUCAUUUGAGCAGAAAGCACCAGAUGGGCAUUUGUUUGAUGAUGCAUACAAGCCUGAUUUGAGCAACUGCUGUGCUAAAGGAUUUGAGAUGGAGAUGGGGCCUUCUUAUCAUGACCAAACUCACAUGCCUUCUUCGGGUCUCCAAGCACAAGGUUUUGAUCACAGGUUCGCCUUCAGCACAACUCAAGAUCACCACCAGUUGUUACAGCUGCCUAAAUUGAAUGAAAGUGGUUUGCCGGAGAUAGCUAAUCAUCACAUGGAGCUUUCAGAAUUUGAGCGCAUGAAAGUUGAAAGACAGAUUUCAGCAUCGCUUUAUGCAAUGAAUGGCGUGCAAGAAUACAUGGAAACUGUCCUUGAUCCCAUCGAAGCUCUUUGGGAUCUUCCUCCUUUAUGUUCUUUGCUAUGCUAA